GUAAAUAUAUUACUAACACCGCAACUUUUCCUGCAGAAAAUAAUGAAACCCUAAUUUCAUUUCCCAAAAGCAAAACAAAACCCUAAUUCCCUUUCUCUCUUUCACAUUUUCGCUAGUCCUUCUUACCACAGUUCUCUUCUCUCAGCGAUCGAUUCCAGCUCUUAUCUUUCACUUCCUAUUUCAAUUUCUGAUCUGUUACAAAAAUAUUCAAAUUUUGAUUUCGAUCCCGCUCUUAGAAUUUCUACUCGAGAUCUUCCAUUUUCAGCAUUCAUUGCUCUUUUGGUGUUACUCUCACGAGGAAUUGCAGGUUCAAUGAUAUUUUCAUAAGAAUGUGCAGCAACCUCAGGACUUGAAACAAUAAAGUAAUCUGAGUCAUUCUCAUGUAAACGACAUAGUUGGUAAUAGGUAAAUUUAUAAAAAAUUAUGUUUCAUAACUUUAUCAAAGAUAAUAAAGACAUUGAUAUGGUUAUGUUGUUAUAAAUUUCAAAACCAAGGUAGCAUAUAAGGAAAACAUGUGAAAAACCUAAAAUAAGUAUUGGAUGCUUUAGGGAGCUUUAGUUGUAAUGAAAGUACUGGAUAAUGGCAUUGUAACUCACAGGAUUGGUUGUUGAUCAACUUGUUGAGGGUUUUCAGCAUUUUCAUCAUCACCAACAUAUUCAAGCUCUUGAGCAGGUUCAUGUUCUUGAAUUCCAUCCUGCAAAAAUAAGUAUAUGUAAGAGAACAUUAAAUUUGGAAAAUCUAAUCAAAUUUGUUACCUAAUUAAAUGAAAUAAAGACAGUGUACUUUACCAAUAGUACGGUUGAUGCAUGAUCCUGAUCAUCAGACGAUUCAAUCAAACUCAAUGAAAAUUUAUUAUUCUUAAUUUGAUAUUCCAGACACACUUUUGUUGGUCUUUCAAAUCCAAAUAUGUAUGAAACCUCAUUUCCAUACAUAACCUUUUCAGUAUCACUGAAUUCAAAAUACACACGUACUGAUCGUUCGUUCCAUACGAUCCUUCCAUAAUCAAGGCGAUGCAAUUCUCUUUCCCAUUGAUCAUAAAAUUCAAUUGGGAUUUGAAUGUUUCGCUAAAUUGGACAGAAAUUUUAGUUAUCAAAUUAAUUAUUUGCAUUAUAUAAAUAAAUAAAAAUACAGAUUAUAUUAAAUUUUCAUAUACCUCAAAAGGAUUGAUUAUCGUCACGAAUGAUGUUGGCCUAUUAUGAUGCUCAACAGUUCCAAUUAUUGUCAUUUCAAACACAUUGUUCACAAUUUGAUAAUCCAAACUUACUUUGGUUGGUUUUUGAAAGCCAAAGUUUUCAGCUACAUAAUGCGCAUAAUACAUGAAACAUUCAUCAUCGGUCAAACAUAAACGUACCGUUGAGGUUUUAUCAGUUGUUCUUAUCUUUGCAUCUUGUUUUUUCAGGAGCUCAUACUUCCAUGCAUCAAAAAAAUUCCUUGCUGAGCUGAAAAUGGAAAUGCCGGCGCAUCGGACAUGGAUGUAUAAUAGGCGUAUUGUUGGCCGAAAGGGAUAUACAGCUGAAUUUUUGCAAGGCCUCGAAGAGUUUCUUGAUUUUGCUUGUCAACAACCACAGUAUUUGAAUGAAGGUGUAAUAAGCUGUCCAUGUAAGCAAUGUAAAAAUGAGAGGCACCUAACUCUGAAGGAAGUAAAUAUUCAUAUUCGUCAAAAAGGGUUUACACCUGGAUAUUGGUAUUGGACAUCUCAUGGAGAGGAAGUCCCUCAAACUAAUCUCGAUGUUGAUAUGCAUUCAGAUGAAAUGCCUUUUAGCAGUCAACAAGACACGGGGUUUGAUGAUGCUGAUCUUAAUGACCAAAAUUUUGUACAAAAUGAAGAGGUGCCGACAAAUAUGGAAUCAACUGAAUUUUAUGAUAUGCCGGAUUCAACUCAACAACCUGCGCGGUCAGGGUACCAAAACACACCAAAUAUGUCUGCUGCUAUUGCAAUGUUGAGUUUACAAUCUAAACACAACAUGUCACAAGAUUGUUUCAAUGAUGUGAUAAAGUUUAUGAGGGAGUCAAGCCACAUUGAGAAUGAAAUUCCUUCAUAUUCUAGGAAAACAAAGAGAACUGUGCAGCCAACUAAGAUGUCUAGUAAAAAGAAACGUGCUCAAACCAAUGCACCAUUGAUAAUUCCAUCUGAUACCCUUCCAACUUAUUCUAACCAAGCCACUCAACCUCCAUCUCGAACUAAACCUCGAACUAAGCUUAGUCAAUCUCGACCCACUAAGCCUCUAACUCGACUUCAACUCCGAACUCAAUCUCAAUUCUCUCACUCUCAACUCCCCCUGCAACCUCAGCCCACUGAACUUCAACCACAACCUCAACUUCGUGUGCAACCUCAACCCACUGAAUCCCGACAUCGCCUGCGACCCCAACCAACUGUACCUCGACCUACUGAACCUCAACUUCGCCUGCAACCCCAACCCACUCCACCUCGACCACAACCUCAACUCCGCCUACAGCCGCAACCCACUCAACCUCGACCCCAACCUCAACUCCGCCUGCAACCCCAACCCACUCAACCUCAACCUACUCCACCUCGCUCUCAACCUCAACCUCAGCCUCAAGCUCAACCCAUCAUAUCUCAAACCAUUCCUACCCAAGUCCUUCAAUGUCGAGAAUUUCCAAUGGUCAACGAAACUCCAUCUUCUUCAUCUAACCAUGUCAGUAAAGAAAGUAAUGGGAACAAAAUCCCCAUACUUCCAGAAGGGGAUGGGUUUGAUCAACACAGGUUGGUAGUGAAGGCAAUUGCUUUAAUUAUACGAAUUAACUUGGAGGAGGGAAAACCAUCAUGGAAGCAGUUAUCUAAAAAACAACGAGAUUCGUGGUUUGAUAUAUUUAAAUCAAAGUUUACGUGGCCACCUCAACAUAAAGACUUGGUGCGACGUAACUUUGAGAAAAGGGGUUCAGCAAAAAUGAUUCAAUUAAUGCAAGAAGCUCGAAAAGAUUUAGAUCAAAAACCAAUUUGGAUGGAAGAGCGGGUGUGGACACAAUUGAAAGCACAUUGGGAGUCCUUAGAAUACAAAAGAAAGUCUGAAAUAAACAAAAGAAAUGGCGAGUCUAUGGCUGGUGCUUCUCUUCACACUGGUGGAUCAAUUCCUCAUCAUUUGCAUUGGAAGCGAAUGAAGGAGGCAAAUGGAACAGAUCCAUCCAUGGCUGAGUUUUAUUUUCGUACACAUCGAAAAAAGGACCAAAGUUGGGUGGGUCCUUGUGCCGAGUCUGCUUAUGAUAAAUUUGAACGAAGAAAAUUGGAAUUAUCUUCCAAGAUUGUUUCGAGUGAGAAUGGAGGUGAUAUGCCGUCUGAAUUGGAUAUAUGGGUAGAUUCAGUUGGAACGAAAAAAGGAAGGGUUUUUGGUCUCGGAUCUGUAAACAAAAAAUUGGUUACAUCUGUUAAACUUUCUGCUAAUUCAGAAGAUGUCAAUGCUUUAAGAAGUCAGAUUCAUGCACUUAACGAGUCACUGCAAAAACAGGAACAAGAGAAAUUAGAAAUGAAACAUGAGUUGACCGAAACUAAACAACAAGUAGCAGCUUUAAUGCAACACUUGGGGUUUGCCGCCUCUUCUUCUCGUCCGCAUUCAUCACCUCAAGACAGCAAUGAAAUUGAUAAUGGCGAUGCUGAUGAUAGUGAUGGUGAUCAUUUGGAGUAGGAUUGAUUGCAUCUGACUUAUAGAACUUCAGUUGGUAUAUUUGUUUCCUACAAAAAAAGUUGAACAUGUUAUGAUGUUUUUUGCAUUUGUUGGAUGCUUUACUGUGGAAACUAUCAAAGAAAAUUCUGAAAAUAUCCUAAAUAUAGUUUAACCCAGGCUAAGCAUGUGUUGGUUUCACUUUCAAAA